AUGGUUGCAGUUCCAGAACUUAAGCAGUAUCUAAACAAUCAAAUCAAAGUUGAGCUCAAUGGGAAUCGAGUGGUACAGGGGAAGUUAGCAGGCUAUGAUUUUUUUCUUAACCUCACAAUGUCAGAUUGCGUUGAAGUAAAAGGACCAAAGACCAACCCGGAAUACAUACAGUUAGGUCAGAGUGUGAUAAGAGGUAACUCGAUUAUAAAUAUAGAACUCAUAUAA